CGGCGCCGCUCCGCUUCUCCGGCCGCGUGCGUAUCUGCCUUGUCCCGAGGCCCACGAGCUUCGUAUUAUAUACAUACGCUCCUCUGCCGAUGCGCGGCUUACUUAUUCCUUAAUUUUAUUUUCAUCUUUUAAUCAAAGUUUUUUCCUGCCUGACUAUUGUAAAGGCCGUGAGAGGCGUUCACUGCUUUUUUGUACAUUCUUCGAAUGCAGGCCGCUUGAAGUUCGCGUUUACCUUGUGCUCGAGUGAAUUUUGGUGCAACAUCUUGCUCGUUUGAUUUUUGACGAAGACAUGUGAAUGCAGUUAGAUAUACUCAUAUCAGGUCGAAGUCAUGGAUGGAUUGGAGUGGAGAUUGUCCUAGACUAGCGCAGCAGCACAACUCGAAGAAGAUAACGCAAGGGCGAAUCGUCGCCACUGGAGCUGAUCGACGCGUAGCACAGCAAACGCGCAGACAAAAAAGGCGCGACCCAAGAAGAAUACGUAAGAAUUUCGUGCUCGAGAUACGGAUCGCAGAGUCUGCAGCAGCAGCAGCAGCAGCAGCAGUAGCUCGUCGAGGGGUCUAGCAGAGCGGCGAUGAUUCGGCGUCGCGCCUCUACAGGAUCUUCGCCUCGGAGGAGAGCGACGUGAAGGGGCGCAGCCAUGGGCAGCUGCUCGCAGCACCGUCUCGCCGAGGUGGCGGCCGGUCUGGCUUUUGUACUACUGGCCGCGUUGCUGAUCGUCGUCUGGACCGGGGCUACCGGUGGAAGUCGCCCGUCCUCGCUACCCAAUGCCACAUCGUCUAUCCACGAUAACGGCUCGGACCUGCGCGUCGUGCCUCUCAGGCCGCCAAGCGAAAUUGCAGGUAAAUUUUCAGUAGCCAGCGAGUGGGAAGAUGACGUCGGCGGUGAUGGCGAGCAUCGCUGGGCCCACUGGAAAAACGACAUCCUGCCGAGCAACGGCUCCGGCGAGUCCGAAUACAUCGUCCUCGCCAAGGCCAAUCAAAAUUUCUACGAGGAUCCCAUGGACGAGGACUCGGCGGAGGAGCGCCACCACAGCGGCCACUUCCGGCACAGCCAGAGCAAAGUCUGGGACCCGCAUCCCCAGUACGAGUUCCAGGCCUUCGGACGCCGCUUCCACCUGAGCCUCAAGGAGGACAGCAGCUUCGCGCCGGCCAACGUCCAGGUGACGCACAUCGACGGGGAGAACGCGACGAUGCGCGAGUACGCCGACCAUGAGCUCGGCUGCUUUUACACGGGCUCGGUGAAGGGCGAUCCCAAAUCCAUCGUGGCCGUCAGCCUCUGUCACGGAAUGACUGGCCACAUGAGAACGUCGAGCGACAACUACCUUAUCAAGCCAAUGGAGCGCUGGAACUCGAGCGAUCGGCACUCGGCGGCCCCUCUGCGUCACGUCGUCUACAAAUUGCCGAAAAAUCCAGCGACGACGUUUCCCAGGAGCGACAACGAUCUGCCCGAUUUCGACGUACUGGAGUCCAGCAAUGCCACUGUGACGGCAACGACGAUGACGACGGCUGCUCGCGAGUGCGGUCUCAUCGAAAAUGAAAAUAGCAACGAACCUCGGCUCAAUGAAAUGACGCCUGAAGAAGAACAAAUUGAUGCAUCGGAUCCGAUGAUGGAGGAAACGAGCGAAAGAAGCAGAAGACGCCGAAGAAGAACUUCCCUGCAAGACUCCGACACGAGGUCCAGAGCAACAGAAGAAGAGCUGGCCAGAGGAAGGAGCGAGGAGGAUAUUUACGGGCUGGCGCGCUCGCGCAGGGCGCUGACUCGCGAGUACUUUAUCGAGAUCAUGGUCGUGGCCGACCAGAAGAUGAUAGAUUACCACGGCUCCAGCCUCACCAGUUACAUCUUAGUCCUCAUGAACACCGUAUCGCGCAUCUACAAGGACCCGUCGAUCGGCAAUCCGAUCAGCAUCGCCGUCAUCAAGAUCAAGCAGAUCAAGGAGAUAUUCGGCAAGCGGCAGCGAGGCAGUUACGGCAUCGGUGCCACCGAGAUGCUCAGGACCUUCUGCGACUGGCAGAAGCUCAACAAUCCUGACGAGCCGUCGCCGGAGCAUCAUGACGCUGCCUUGCUUCUCACUAGGGAAAACUUGUGCCACAAUCCCGGCCAGAAGCGCUGCGACACGCUGGGCCUCGCCGAGCUCGGACGCAUGUGCUCGGCCGGCUCGUCCUGCGCCAUCGUCCAGGAUAAUGGAUUGGCCACUGCCUUCACCAUCGCCCACGAGAUUGGCCACGUGCUAAAUAUGCCGCACGACGACGAUCCGAAAUGCUCGAGAUUCCGCGACCGAUCGGGUGUGCACAACAUCAUGUCGCGCAUGCUCGACGACAACACCGUGCCUUGGGAAUGGUCCAAGUGCUCCAGACACUACGUCACCGAAUUUCUCGACGCCGGGCAGGGCAAUUGUCUGCUGGACGAGCCUCGCGACAGCAAGAUCAUGUCGAGCUCCUACGGCAACCGACUUCCGGGCGAAGAUUACAGCGGCGACCGGCAGUGCGAGCUCGUCUACGGAAGCGGCAGCAGGAUAUGUCCGCACAUGGUCAGCGAUGUCUGCAAGCGAUUGUGGUGCACCGUGCCGUACUGGGAUACCGAUCGUAGAGAGCACCAGCCCGAGUGCCACACUCAGCACAUGCCGUGGGCCGACGGGACCCGCUGCGAGCCCGGCAAGUGGUGCCACCGAGGCGAGUGCGUCUCGCGGGAGAACCUCGAGCCCGUCGACGGCCAGUGGGGCGAGUGGGGACCCUACGGCGAGUGCUCCAGGCCCUGCGGCGGCGGCGUCAUGAUGAAGACCCGCGAGUGCGACAAUCCACCCUCCAAGAACGGCGGCAAUUACUGCGUGGGCGAGAGGGUCCACUACCGCAGCUGCGCCACCAAGGAGUGUCCUCCUGGAACCAUCGAUUUCCGAGAGGAACAAUGCGCCGCUUUCGACAACGACAAUCGCAACAUUCGCAACUUGGCGAAAAACGUCAAGUGGCACGCCAAGUACACGAGAAUUCAACCGGAGGACCGCUGCAAGCUGUACUGCCAAGUGGCGGGUAAUCAGUACUACAUGCUGCGCGACAAAGUGACCGACGGCACGGCCUGCGGCCCCGACACCUUCCACAUGUGCAUCAACGGGCGCUGCGAGCCGGCCGGUUGCGACCACGUGCUCAACUCGGCGGCUCGGCUCGACACCUGCGGCGUCUGCGGCGGCGACAACUCCAGCUGCCGUCGCAUCUCCGGCAGCUACAACGUCACCGAGUACGGCUACACGAUGGUCACCAAGAUACCCGCGGGCAGCUCCCACAUCGACAUCAGGCAGUACGGCUGGCAGGGAUCGCACAACGACAGCAACUAUCUGGCACUGAAACUCAAAGACGGCCGCUACAUACUCAACGGCAACUUCAUGGUGAUGCAUCGGAAGGUGAUCGUUCAGCCGGGCAUCACGAUCGAGUACAGCGGCCCGGAGCAGGUGGUCGAGCGGCUCAACAGCUCGCGGCCCGUCCAGCUGGACCUGAUCCUCGAGGUGCUCUCGGUCGGCAACGUCUACCCGCCCCAGAUCUCCUACGAGUACACCGUGCCCAAGUACCUGCCCGAGCGCUACGCCUGGAUCGUGCGCGAGUGGACCUUCUGCGACCGCAUCUGCCAGGGCACGAUGCACAGGCGGGUCGUCUGCCAGAGCGUCGAGAGCCGGGAGAUCGUGUCCGACAGCUACUGCCCGAGCGACGCCAAGCCCCAGGAGGAGAGCCAGGCCUGCAACACCCACUGCGAGAUUCAGUGGCUCGAGGUCUCGCACUCGGAGUGCUCGAGUCUGUGCGGCCCGGGCAGCCAGACGGUCAAGCACCGCUGCGUCCAGGUGCCGGCGGAUCGCGAGCGACAUCCCCGCGUCUCGCCGAGGCCCGUGCCCAACUACGUCUGCAACUACAUCGAGCGGCCGGUCGAGAGGCGCGCCUGCACGGGCCUCUGCGAGCAGGCCCACUGGCGCUACGGGCCCUGGAGCGCCUGCUCCGUCAGCUGCGGCGACGACGGCCUGCAGUACCGACUGGCCGAGUGCGUCGAUGCCGACAAUCGCACCCUGCCCGAGGCCAAGUGCCUCAGCGAGUCCAAGAUCGAUCGGCAGUCCUGCGGUGGCAAGCCCUGCCCCAAGUGGGCCUACGGCGAUUGGAAUCCGUGCUCGGCUGCUUGCGGACCCGGCAAGAGGGAACGACCUUACUGGUGUCACGUGGACAACAAUGUCGUGCCCAAGAUACGCUGCAAAGACCGACUGGGCGAGGUAUCUCAAGCCUGCGAUGCGGGACCUUGCCCCAAUUGGCAGACAGGCGAUUGGAGUCAGUGUUCGGUGAAAUGUGGCGAGGGUAUUCGAAGACGCAUGGUUGCUUGUAAAUAUACCAAUGGAACGACGGGCGAACUUUGCGACAAUUCAAAAAAACCCAUUAAUACCAUAAGCUGCUCGCUCGAGGCUUGCCCUACCAAAACGACUUUUGUACCUGUAACCUACUCAUCGAGCCUGCCCGUCGACGACUUAUCGCAGCACGAAAACGACGUCGACAGCCAUCGCAUCACCUUCCGCUCGGGCUACACCUGGAACAUCGGUGGUUGGGAAGAGUGCUCGAAACCCUGCGGGGGAGGUCUAGCCGUCCAAAUAGUCCAGUGCAUCUCCGUCGAGACGAACAAGAUCGCGCCCAAUCAGGGCUACUGCGACUCGAAGACUCGUCCGGCCAGCACGAUCGUCUGUAAUCAACAUCAGUGCCCCAACUGGGUCACGGGCAAUUGGAGUCAGUGCGACGUCAAGUGCGGCGAUGGCUAUCAGCACAGGCAGAUCCUGUGUCAGGACUUGCGCGGCGAGAUCAUGAACGACAGCGACUGCUCGGAAAAGACUCGACCGCGCCACGUGAGGAAGUGCUCGAGACCAGCCUGCGAACCGGUCCUUAACAGCUCGACGGAUGUAGGCAAGCCCGUUGCUUCGUACAAGUGGCGCGCAGGAAGUUGGGGCGAGUGCUCGGCUAGUUGCGGAAACGGCUACCGAAGACGCGAGGUCAUCUGCCACAGGAUCAACAGUUUCGGUUGGUUGGAUCCGGCGCCGGUGAACGGCGGCUGCUCCGAGCGGGAAAAGCCCCCGUCCCAGCAGCCCUGCCGAGAUCGCGGCUGUGCCGAUCCCUUCUACUGGGUCACGGGCACCUGGCGAAAGUGCUCGCAGCCGUGCGGCAUCAAGGGCCGACAGAUACGCCGACUCUUCUGCCUGGACCGCUACAAUCGCAAGGUGCGUCGUCGCCUCUGCCCGGUCAAGCUGAGACCGCAGCGUCGCCGCAAGUGCAAUCAGCGCCCCUGCACCGGCCCGACCACCUGCAUCGAGGUUCAGAACCGCCUCAAGACCAACGUCGACGGCGAGUACACCCUCUUGGUCGGUGGACGCUACAUGUCCAUUUACUGCUCGGGCAUGGACAGUUUCGAGCCUCUCGAGUAUCUCACUUUGCCCCAGGGUGAAAGGGAAAACUAUGCUGAGAUUUACGACAAGAGGCUCUUGAAUCCUCACACGUGUCCUUUCGAAGGAGUAAGGAACGACAGUUGCGAAUGCAUGAAUGAAUCUGUACCGAUAUCUGGUAGAACUAUGUUCCAAAAAAUACGAAUCAACGUUCACACGUUACAUAUAGUUGGAAACGACUUCAAGUUCGCUCGACAAAUCGGCUUGAAUAAUAUCGACUACGGUAAAGCUGGCGAUUGCUACAGUCAAAAAAACUGCCCUCAAGGACGCUUCGCUAUUAAUUUGAGCGGUACCUGGCUAAUGAUUGCCCCCGAAGUUCAUUGGCCUAAACAAAAGAAUACUUUUUCACACAUAGAUAAGAUUAAUAAUCAACGAAUACUGGGAGUAUGCGGUGGAUAUUGUGGAUUUUGUUCGCCAUCACCCAGUCUGAAAUUAAACGUCCUGCCGACUUAGAUGCCAAAUGUCAAAGCGAAUUUCAACGAGUAACAACAAUUGAACAUAGAACAACAAUUUAAGUCACAAUUGUACUUAGAUCUUACGGAUUAAGAAAUUGGUGAGAUUUACCGUUUGGCACGAGCCUCGUGGUGCUGCUUGAUUUGUUUGAUAAAUAAAGCUUGGAGCAUAUGGUGAAUCACGUCGGUGCCAUAAAUGUAACCAUACGCAUGUAUGAAUAUGUGUGUUUUUGUACAUAUAUUUUUGUAUAAUUUAUUCCUCUUAUGUGGUGUAUCUCAAUUUAUAUGAAAAAAGUAUUUUAUGCCGACCGUAUUUUUUUCGCUGAUGUUUUUAUAACAUUGUAACAUUGAUUUAAUUGUAUACAUGUUCACUUAAAACUUUGCAUUUUACGUAUAUUUAAUUUUCAAAAUAUUAUAAUGUAACAAUCAUACGACCUAUAUGCAACAUGAAUUUUAUUAUCAGUUACUGUAAGCGUGCGUAGCAAAAUUACCUUUUACAAUGUAUCAAGAAAUUUUCAAAGUUAUAUGUCAAAUUAUUACCGAAUUUUUUAUGUAAUCUCAUUAAUGAUUAUUAUUUAUUUUCAUAAUGUAUAAGUCGUCUGUUGAAUGUGAAAAACCUUAUCGGAAAACGAGUCUCAGAAAAAAUGGAACAUAAAGUAGAACACGUGAAGAAUGUGUCUGUGCUAGUCAUUUGUUCCAUCAAGACAAUUCUGAUAAUGAAGCAUAUCAGACGUUUCAAUAACAAUUUAACUGCUAUCGAUAUUGAAGUAAAAGUUCAAAAAUAUUUGCAUUUGUCUUUAUCGUUAAUGAAUAAAAUUGUUAGUAAUUAAAAGAAGUGCGAAAAUUAUUUUACAAAAAUUUAGUUUGAGAAACUACACUCUCUACAAAUACACUUUUUAGAAAGGGUAACACUGCCUAUUUACACAUUGUAUUGUAUUAUUUCAAAUCAUAUAUUAAGGAUAUGAUUUUAUAAAAAUUUGAAUAAAGGCUUUAAUAGUAAACUUUCUCUAUUAUGGUUUUAUAAUUAUUAUCUAAAAUAAAUUAAGUAUAGACCAAUUAAGAAGUAUAACUAUCGUUUUAUGAAAAAAGUUAUGAAAUGAAUAAUCUUUUUAGCCAAUUUAAUACAAUAGUUUUGACAUUGGAUUAUCUUUUGAGGUACUUUUUGUCUCGGAAGUCGACUUAAUGGCGCCCUAGGUAUGCUUCGAUAAGCCCUUUCAACUUUUUGUAUCAUACGAGCAUAAUU